CUUUUAGUGCAAUACAAAAUCCUAAACUCAGUACGCUAGCAGUAGUAUAUAAACAGAGUAAACAACCAUCAUCCCUGAAGUGUAGUGUAAGCCAAAUAAAUUUUUAGCGAAUUAACUCUCAGUCCCCACCAAAAAAAAUUUCUUUUUCUCAAGAAAACCAUUCUGCAAACUUCACUAUCAAUGGCGUAAAGCAUUAACAAGAAACAUCCUUGCGUGUCCGAAACCUAUAGAAAACCAAUUGGGCCCAUCGAUCCCCUGAAAAAAUAAGACCCUUAAGAUAGCUAGAUGAAGUAGUAGUAGUAAUAAACUGGGCGAGUGUAUUCGAUAUUGCUUUGGGGUUUAAGUGUAUGAGGAAUAGAGAGAGAAGCAAACCUGGGAAAGCACGGAGAGUUAUUGUUGGAAGGUUUAUUCGAUUGCAUCCAUGAAAUCACGGCAGCGCUUGUAUUUUCUAGGAUGAGUGAUUCUGCUUAUCGUGUUGAUACCACUCCGCGCCUCGCUCAAUGGCGGAUCGACAAUUUGGCUUCUUGUACUUACCGCAAGUCUGAUCCUUUUAAGAUCGGCAAAUGGAAUUGGCACUUAGCUGUGGAGAAGAACAGGACAUUGUUCAUUAAAUUAUACCCAGAGAUAUCAAAUUUUACAAGAGACAAUCCUCCAAUUGCAUCUUUUAUAAUUAGAUUAAUCUCGUCCGCUGGAGAUCGCAAGACUUUGAUUCACCAAGAUGUUAUAGACAAGCAAAUCAAGAGUAGCGACGAUUUUGUUUGGCCAGUUGAAGUCCCCUUAACUGGGAAGUUCAUUAUUGACGUUGAAUUCCUUGAUCUGAAGACUGCAGCUCCUAAUAGUGGUGAGCUGUGCUCAAUCUGGACUGAAGGAUUAACCGAAAAACAAUCAAAUGCUACUGCUCUGACAUCACUUGGCCGUAUGUUGUCAGAAAGCAUUCACACAGACAUCAUAAUCAAUGCUUCUGAUGGAAGUAUUGGGGCGCAUCGUGCUGUUCUUGCUGCAAGGUCACCUGUCUUCCGAAGCAUGUUCUCCCAUGACCUCAAAGAGAAAGAAUUAUCUGCCAUAAACAUCUCCGAUAUGUCAAUAGAAGCUUGCCAAUGUUUUCUGAACUAUAUUUAUGGGAACAUACAAAAUGAAGAAUUUUUAAUCCAUAGGCUAGCUUUGCUUCGAGCCGCUGAUAAAUAUGACCUUUCAGAUUUAAAGGAGGCAUGUCAUGAAAGUCUAAUGGAAGAUAUUGAUGCAAAGAAUGUUCUUGAGAGGCUUCAAACUGCUUCCCUUUAUCAACUACCAAAGCUGAAGGCCUGUUGUAUGAGGUAUCUUGUGAGGUUUGGUAAAAUAUUCGAUAUAAGAGAUGAUUUCAAUGCCUUUCUGCAGUAUGCAGACCGAGAAAUCAUUGGUGAAAUCUUCAAUGAAGUUCUUGCUGCUUGGAAAGGAUUUUGAUAUCUAUUUGGACAUUGAUUCAGCAAGUAUGUAACAUAUGUUCAUUGGGUUUGUGUAUAUUCAAUCUUGUACAUAAAUUUGAUUUUACUGAAACAUAUGUUACCAUUGAGCUUAUGGACGUCAUCUUGAUAUUUGGUGAUUAUUAA